GGUGAAGAAAGUGAUAAGGUAUAUUUUACAACUGAACUCCAAAAUAACAACGAAAUUUUAUCUCGAGAAUUACUUUUAAAAUAUGGAUGAAAGCUCUGGUCCCCCUGGCGAUUUUGCUCAGCGAUAUUUGACAAGACAAUCUUUUUCACCUGGACAAGGGAUUUAUAUGUCUCAUAGAUCUUCAUCAGAUCAAAAUUCACAUUUUAGGAAUUCUAUGCCAGGAAGCUGCAAUGAGUUUUCACCCUUUAAACCUUCAAACAUCAGAUCACCGGAAUGCCGAAAAAUAAUGGAUAGAAUUUCAACCUUUUGUGGGAAAGAAAAUUUAGUUCAAAGAGUGGCUUUCCUUGAUCAGGAACUGUCAGUAUUCGGCUAUCCGUCCAUAGUCAGCGAUUUUGAAGAUGACUUGGAAUUGUCGCCAGAUCAACAACAAGGUGGCACUAUAGAUCUUGUGACUCUUGUAAACAUCUCGUACGAUCUACUGAGAUCUUGGCGACAAUCAUUUGAAAUACAAAGUGAAUCGAACGACGUACAACGAUCUUCUGAAGCCGAAAUUGUACGAUUGAGACAUCUGGCCUCAAGAUUGAAGGAAGACAUUGCGAAUAAGGAUCGAGAUUUAAAAUCAAAAGAAUUGAUGCAGCUACAGCUGUCACAAAGAAUGGAAAGUCUCAAGAAGAAGUUUAAACUCGAGCAGGACAAGUCGAAAAAACUUUCUGCUGAAAUGACAGCGAGAGAUUCACAAUUUCGUCACGAAAAGAAAAAAAAGGUCCAAGAGAUUGAGAAAUUGCAAUCUCGUUUGCAACAGUUAUUACAGGACAAACGCCAUGAACGAAUGCUUGGAAUAGAAAUUCUAAAUUCUCUGCAACGAUCAGACGGGAAGCGUGGAAAAUGGAGCACAGAUAAAACUAAGAAAAGCAAUGAGCAAGACAUGUAUCGUUUAAUCAUCACAAAUUACGAAGACUCUCAAAAACAAUUGUUGAAAGAAAAUGACGGAAUGAGAAAAUAUUUAAAAGAAAUGCAGAACGAACUAAUAUCAGCUCUGAAUGAGAGAACUAACAAUGUACAUGACCAAAGCCAAUCAUCCAACCAUGGAGGUGUCAAAGGUCAAACUGAAGGUGACAGACCAGAUAGUUCAAGGUCAAGCAGUGCUGCUUCUAAUAUGUCUGAAACUUCCGAUGUGUCGGAGCCGAUGUCAGACGGCAUGUUUGAGAUGCCUUAUGAUCUAGUCAAAGAAGACAUUGAGAAGAGCAUCAGGAAUAAAUGGAGAGCGCUGAAAAAAGAAAUUAGGAAAACUAGGAAUGCUGAUAAAGCUCAACAGUCUAAUAAAGAAAACUACACAGAAAAUGAAUAUGAUGAUUUGGUUCAACAACAACAAGAACUCAUUGAUUAUCUGACAACAGGGGAAGGUGAAAGUUCAGAUCGUCCUAUUCCUGAAGAUUGUUAUUUUCUUGAAGAAAAAGCUGAUUUUGAGAAAGAAAAGAAUGUUUUUAACCAACAGAAACAAGCAUUUGAUAAGGAGAGACAACUUUAUGCAGAAGCAUUACUUCAGUUGGAUGAACAAAGACAAUCAUUUGAAAUUGAGAAAAACAAAUGGCUCCAACAAAAUUUCCUACAACUGACACCUUUCAGAGACAAUCGUCCUUCUACUGCUCCACAUCCAAAUCUUCGAGGCAAAGAGCCGUCUUCUCACUAUAUCAAGUCAACAAGGCAACAGCCGUAUCAAGCAAGGCCAUCUAUAAGCCCAGAUAGAUCUUUAAAGGGAAAUGACCAACAACAAUCCAAGAGUUACCAAAGUCAACAACUUAUGCAAAACUCUCCAAAUAACAUCACUCAGACACUAAGCAGACUUCACUCAUCAAGUCAUCAUAACUCAUUCUCACCUGAUAAUAUGCAACAUAGAUCUCCCGAUCCGUCAUGGCCAACCCGCACUCCAGAGAACAAUCAAAAAACUGCCACAACCGACCCCCACAGAACAAAAAGUACCCCCAACACAACAAACUCUAUACCUCCACCUAGUACUGCGGAAUUAUAUCGAAGCUUGGGAUUGGUUUAUUACGGAAGUGAUAAGGAAAAUGAAGAGACAGGAAACACUGGAAAGUUACCACAUCAUCAUGAGAGAAGAAUAACCUCAACAUCAAAGACCGAACACCAAAGAAACAUCCGUCGAUUUCACCACAAAAUGAAGAAUUCACCACCUAGUGGUUUAAAACCGUCGCCACCGAAGUUCGAUAAAGGAGACCCUGCGGAUUGCAGUUCAAUUCGACGAUCAUACAACGCUACGUACGAUAAAACUGUCCUCACCACAAAUGGUAGUAUAAACGAAACUCAUAAAAGGAGUUCCAGUGCUCCCAAAGACAGUUUCCUUCACUCUUCAAAUGAUUCUCAUGGGAGCACUGGCAAUAGUAUGCUUUAUGAUACCGUGCUAAAUGCUGAAACUCCAAAUCCGCAAAUAAGGGAGAAGUUUGUUGUUGUUGAGGACUUGAAAGCUGCCUUAUUCCAAGAUUAAUUAUAACUUCUAACGUAUCAGAUGAUAUCAGUGGGGGCUAGUAAAGGGCCUUGUUCAGAGAGGAAAGUGUGAAAGAAAAGUCUAAAAACAAAUUUCCCAAUUCAAAUACAUGAUUAAGAAUAUUUUAUUGGUCUUUUCCAAGGGUGUGAAACCUGCAACCUGUUGGUCAAGGUCAAAUGAGUUCCACAAGGAAAAAUUGUGUGGCUCACGAAGAAGUGCCAAUUUUGAAUGGUAUGUGGCCCGCAAAACGAGUUUUCAACUUAAUCUGGUACGUUACCAGCAUGUAUUGACAUUAAAACAGCUUGCUUGUGCGAAGCGAACAACGCAUGUCAUAUGAUCAAUAAUCAAAUUUUUGUUGUCUGCAAGUACAAGAAAGCCUAUGUUAAAAUAAAGGUGCUACCCGCGGUUUCGCCCAGUUAUUUCUAUCUGACUCUCUUGUAUUAAGGGUUGCACACCCCUGGUUCCUGGUUUCGAAUUUUAUUUUAUGCAGCCACUGACAUGCUUUUCAACCUUUUUUUGCACAGAUAUGUAUUUCCCUAUGAGUCAAUACAUUCUAUCUCAUUGUGGUAAUUUGAAAAAUUUUCAAAUUCAACUGGUCAGCAAUGUUACUAAAUUAGCAGAAUUUGAACACUGUUAUUAUACCAUCAAAUAUUCUGCCACUUACAUGUGUACUUGGUCUUAUGUUAUUUUGGAUUUGCAAAUUAUUGCAUUUCAAUCGUUUUUGUUUAGUAGGACAAUCUGAAAUUAUAAAGUUCAUUUUUUGUUUCACCAUUUAAAUGAGUAAUUUAUUUUGUCACCGUAGAUGGUACAUAUCGAAGGCCUUUGUUCAGGACCCCAGAGAGCUCCUACAUGCUCUCCAGGGGGUCUAACGUUCGGUUCAAUUUGAGAAACUCUGGUAUCAGCAAAUAAUAUCUGUAAACUGCACAUCCAUUUUUAUUUGUUUUAGUUUAUUGUACUGAAAUGAUCAAGUGUGUAUUGUAUUUAUGUUCUAAGUGUUCCAGCACUGUAUUUAUUUUAUGAUUAUUCUUAUUUAUUGUACAUGAUCUUAAACGUAAGACGUCUGGUUGCUAUCUCAAACAGUUUGCCACUUGCAGACCUUAUUUCCUUGUAUAUGACAUAAUUAAAACUAAACUGUAAGAGCAUUCAAGCAUGACUGGCAGCAACUGAUACAAAAUCUUAGCAGCCUCACUGUGAUAAAAUUAUUAUCAAAUUCUGUCCAUUUAUGGCGAAGUGUUGUUAGCCGACAUUUUUUAUCACUACCCAAUUGGCACAGCCAAAUUGUUCGCGACCCACAAAAGCUAAAAUAAAACCUAAUAAUACAAAAAUUGCUUGCAUAUUCUCGCACUAAAGAUCAAAUCUUGAUGGAGCUGGUUUAUUUUUGAUAUUGUUUAGUUGCCAGUUUGCAUGGCUGAUUAAUAUGUUUUCUGUAUAAGUAUGAAAAUAGUAUUUGAUACCGGAAUUUAUCCCAGAUUCCAAAUGUUACUUAUUAGUGUGACUGUGUUUUCGUUUGUGAAAAUGUUUUAUCCUAUGAUUUUUUGAUGAUUAGGAAACUGUUUCUUUUUCUUUAACUGUUACAAAAUAAUUGGUUUUCAAAAUCUGGCAUCCUCCUUUGUGUCCCACUUCAAAUUCUGCUUGUCCAAGUUUUCAGUAUCUUGUGUUUUAUUGCUUAUGUGUUGAACUUUGUUUUAAUGAAUCUUUCAAAUGAAAUAAUUUUAUUCCUACUCAAA